AUGGAAUUAGUUUGUAAAUUUAAUUACUGUUAUUGGUAUACAAUUGGGAGUAAAUACACGAGUAUUAUUACUUCAUCUUCAAUAACAGAGCCAAACACCAUCAUUAAAACAAUUAAUGGAAAUCAUUUAGAAGGAAAAAGUGACAAAGAUAUCGAAGAGAUUUGGUUUAAUGGUACAACAGUCAACUACUUCCCUCAAGGAUUGAACAAAAUAUUUCCUAAUUUGAAAACUGUUAUAAUUGAUUAUUGUGGAUUGAAAUCAAUAACACGAAGAGAUUUGGUUGGACUAGAAAAUAUUCAGAUGCUAUGGUGUGGUCACAACAAAAUCGCUUCACUUCCAGACAAUCUGUUUAGAAAUAUGAACAAACUUAUUUAUAUUUCAUUCUACGACAAUGAUUUGCAUUGCAUGUCUUCAGAAGUUCUCAAACCAAUAUUGAAAAAUGAUUUGAAAUACGUAGACUUUAGUGAAAAUCGUUCCAUUGAUGCUGGUUAUCGUGACUCAUCUUAUACUCUUCUAAUUUAUGGAAAUAAAGUUGAUUCUGUAGCCCAGUUAAUGGCCAUGAUUGAUGAGAAAUGUGAUAAACCAAUGAAGGAUGAACAGACGUUUUCAAACACAAAUUUGAAGGACAAUAAACUGCCACAAAGGAACAAAAAAUUGAAAGAUUUUAAAUCUGAUGGAUUCAAGGAACUUUGGACGACUGGCCGUUUCUCGGACAUCACGAUUGUCACUGACACUGAGAAAUUCAAAGUACAUAAAAAUAUUUUAGCUAUUCAGAGUUCAGUUUUCACUUCAAUUUUUGAAGAUAAGAUGAAAGAUCGACCAUCUGAUGAAAUUCAUUUAAAGAAUAUAAAUGUUAAUAUCGUGACAAUAUUCUUGAAAUUCUUCUAUACAGAUGAAGUUGAUGAAACAGAAAUUUCAAAUUUGCUGGAAGUUUUUGCUCUCGCAGCAAAGUUCAAAGUGGAGAAUUUAAUGUCAGUUGUCGAGAAGAUGAUCACAGAUGAUCUGAAUGAUGACAAUGCAAUGGAUGUAUUCAAACUUGCAUGUCGAUUCAAUUGUGAUGGGAUGAAAACUUCCGCAUUUGAAGUCAUUCAGUCGAUGUUUGAUGAACCAUUGAAAGACGAAUUGAUGAACCAACCGGAAGUUAUUUUUGAAUCAAUCUUCCGCUGUGAAGGCAAACAGCUAAAUUUCCGUAAUCCACGUUUGAAUAGAAAUCAAAGAAACCAACAAGAAGAUCACGCAAAAGGUGUUGAUAAGAUUGCUGACAUGAUUGAAUCUGCUAAUGUUCAGAAUUGUGGACAUCAAAUCGUUGGUGGCGAAGAUGAAUCGUUUCAAUUACAAAAAAAAAAAUCUGGGGAAGCUGAAACUUCAACAAAUGUCCCAGCACCAAUUUGUCGACCUGGUUACACAGGACGUUCUUGUGACAUCAUAAGUGACAUUUGUCUCGCGAAUGAACCUUGCGAACAUGGAGGAAUUUGUACAACAAUGCCAGACAAUAAUUAUCACUGCGAUUGUACUUUAGGAUACACGGGAGAAAAUUGCCAACACAUGGUCGCACUUAAAACUAAAGCUCGUUUCAAGGGCGAUGGAUAUCUUGAAUUAAAUCGCAGCACAAUCGCCACCAGUUCAUCACAAUUAUCAAGUGGAUUGGCUGUUCUCUUCUCAACAAAGGAGCCUAAUGGUUUGAUCCUUUGGUAUGGUCAAGAGAGAGGAAAAGGAUUCAAUGGAGAAGAUUUCCUGUCAUUAGCUGUUAAUGAUGGAAUUUUAGAGUUUACCUUCCGAAUUGACGGUGAAGAAUCAGUCAUCAAACAUCAUUCAGUACCAGUCAUACCAAAUCGACGUCACAUUGCAAUUCUCAAGCGUACAGCAAAUCAAGCCAGUCUUGAACUCGAUGGCUUCACAGAAUAUGGAGAGACGGCGAGACCGACUGAGAAGAAUGAAAUGUUCUUAGCUGGUCACGUCUUCUUGGGUGGAGCACCUGAUCUUAAGAGAUUCACUGGUGAACGUUACAGUAAUGGAUUCAUUGGAUGCAUUCACACUGUAGAGCCGAUUUUAGGUGGAGCUAUACAAUUAGGAGAGAAUACAAUUAGCUCCUUGAACGUCGAUGAUUGUUCACCGGCACCCGACAACGAGGAAGAAGAUGAUGAUGACGAUUUCUUUGGCACAGAGCCUCCAGUCGUUUAAGUUUAAAAAAUAAAAUUAAAAACAAAAGUUUCCGAUAAACUUUCAAACUAAAGUGAAAGAGAUAAAAAAUGUAUUCAAAAUACUAAUUACCGUCAUUGAAAUUGUUUGAAGGAAGAAUUUUUUUGUCAAUUUGUGCCAAAUUCUCAUUGAAGUAGUUCAUAAGAUUUUUAAAAAUAUUUUUGAAGAGAAUGAAUCUUAAUUUCACUGCCUUUAGUUCCCUUUUUUGCAUUUCUAUGCUUGUCUCCUUUUUCGGGUCAAGCCCUUGUUAUUGAAUUUUUAAUUAAAAUAUUCAUUUCUAUGACAUUCAAGCCUCGAAUAAAUAUUUUCAAUUCUUCUUAAGAAAGUGCCAUUAAUUUAAAACUUUUAUUCGUCGUUUCGUUGACAAGUUUAAAUUUUUGUUGAGGUGCUAUGACAUCGUUCAAAAUUCUUAAUCUCGCAAUAUUUGUCUAUUAUCAAAGUCAUAUCAAAAGUCAUGGACUGGCAGCAACUUUAACAAUUUCUAAACUUGCUCUAAUUUCCUUCUCCAACUUUAAAUAAAUUUUGAGUUAAUUAGAAACCAGUCUUUGACGAUUGCUACCAAAAACAAAUAAAUUUUCAAUUUCCCCUAAAUCAUUCUUUAUUUGAUGUUGCAUUUUAUGUACAGAAUCUUUAAAGGAAAUUUCAUUUUAAUGGAAAUUCCAUCUUCGUUUUGGAUAUUUUUUAUUAAACAUGAUCAAACAGAAGAGUUUAAAAUAAAGAAAUACGAUUUGUAUCACUUGAAAGAAAAGAAUAAAAAGAAAUUGACAAUAAACGAAGUUAUUAUCA